AUGAUUUUGGUGCAGGAGAGACUUACCAACCGGAUCAAAGGGGCAUUCCUUUUCCUCUGCCUUUUCCUCGGCCUAGACCAAAAAUUCCGUCGUUUCCGCCUUUUCCACUUCCGCCAUGUACUCGAAAAAACUUCCCCAACUGUAAGUUACCUAACCCUAAAUCCCGAAGGCCGAAAUAUCCUCCGCCUCCACCCAGGUCUUUCCAAGGCACAUACGCACCUGGUCAUUGACCUCACUCAAGCUUCGAAUGCGUAAUACACAUAUAUGUGUGUGUGCAUGUUUCUUAAUUACGUUGUUGCCGUUUGGUUUGUCCUCUGUCCUUCUUUAAUCUUUAUCUUUAUGCAUGCAUGUGUUUGUCGUAUUUUACUGUUUCAUCAAACCGCCGCUGUAAUAAAUAAACCUUGUCUUUCCUUCUGUUCAAUACCGCCUUUUCACUUACGUUGGAUCGUUCAAACAUUUCUCAACACUUGGCACCAGAAAUCGAUCUCAGACAGAAACUUAAUUAGUAUAUUUUCAUAAAAGCUCUUGUCUUUAAGCGGCAAAACAGACUUUUAAACAGUUAAUCCUCGCUAUUAUUUGAAAAGCAUGUUUACUAAAGAAAUCCUAUGUAUCAACACCUAAAGAAAAAAU